AUGGCAGCAGGCGCAGGCUAAUGAUUGCCUACGCUCACACGCUGAGGCAGAAACGACCGCGUUCAAUGUUUCUCCACAGAGCUGACUUAAGCCAUCGUCCCCGCACGAAAUACCGCGAUUCUGACUAAAAGAAAGUUUCUUUCCUUCGUCGGAGAGGUGGGAGGACAUCACGACCCCCGACCAUGAUCAACACCAUGGAGUGUGCGGUGGAUGCACAAAGUCUCAUUUCGAUAUCUUUACGGAAAAUCCACAACUCCCGCACGCAGAGAGGAGGAAUCAAGCUGCACAAAAACCUGCUGGUCUCCUAUGUGCUGAGGAACGCCAGGCAGGUCUACAUGAACGAGAAGUACGCCGAAAUCUACAGAAUGCAGCAGUACGAGGAGGUGAUGACCGUCUGCAACGAGAUCCAGGAGCUGAACCCUCUCGAUCUGGUGGAGGACUGCGAGGAGCAGACGGGGGACUGCUGCGGCAGCGCGACCGAGUCGGCGAGCCUCUGCGGUGCGCUCCUGCCCGUCGGUCACCAGGCUCCUUCGGCGCAGCACAUCCAGCCCGGCAGCGCCUGCUCGGUGCCCCUAGCUCUCCAAAGCGAGGAGGUCUGCAAAGCGCCGGACCCCUCGUUCUACCGCAGCUGCUGCGCGGAAGCCUACCCCGUGUCCAACUGUGACUUUUCGCCGGUAAGCAGCAUGCACUGCAACAAAACCACAGUGCUCGAUUUGGACACGCACGUCGUUACCACGGUAGAGAACGGGUAUUUGCAUCAGGACUGCUGCGCUUCGCUCCAGCAGUGCUGCCAGGGCGCGCAGAGCCCGGCCAAGAAACGCAAGCUUGACUUUGGGUACUACGUGUCCGAGAUCGAGGAGGUACCGGAUUUUACGCCGUGCAAGAGAGCGAAAUUCGAGGACUCUUCAUACGCGAGCACGGAGCCCUUGGACACGUCGAACAUUUCCAACCUCAUCUCGAUCUUCGGCUCGGGGUUCACGGGACUGGUGAGCAGACAGGCGGACUUGGAGCAAGCCUUAAACGGACAGUUCUGUAGCAAACAAGCCCUGGCGAGUUUAGGGGCUUGGACGAGAGCUAUUGUAGCCUUUUGACUCUGUGGUUAACGCGAAUGCAGAUACUUUACGGGGAAGAAAAAUUGUACAAAGUCUAAGACAAAUUGACUUUUAUUUUUGCAGCAAAGUUAUUUAAGCCUCUUUUUUUUUUAUUUGGGUUUGUUGUUUUUUUUUUUUUUUUAGUUUCGUUUCAGUGGGGGAGGCGGACGGUGGUUGUAGCCUACCACUUGUGAUGAUGCAUCCUUUAAAAACAAACGUCGAUAGUACAACAAGCGUUUUAAAACCAAGUUGAAUUUCGUUGCCUUAAACCCAACGCAGACUGCUAGCUAUGGCCACAAACAUGGAAAGUCUCUGAAUGUUUCGCUCGUGGAUUGUUUCUUUUCUCUCUCCCUUCCUUCCCAAGAACUUCCACAAAGAUGUAUUGUAAAAUAACAUUACAGCCCAUGUAAUGUUGGGAAUACCAGGCUGCAAGCGGAAAAGCCUAUAUACCCACUGCACGCUUAUUUCUCACACACAGAACAUAACACUUUAAGCGGCCGUGUCACGUUUUCUAACGUUUUAACGACUACCAGUAGAACAGGCUACAACGACAAGACUAUCUGAGCUCGUGCUUACAGGAAGAGGACUGGCUUUGCACAGACUACAUUCUGUAAUAUCACACAAGGCAAUCAAGUAGGCUAAUUGAAGGUGCAAUAUUUGAACCCCCUCCCUGUCGCGGUUUGUUGUUUUCUGUUUUCUGAAAUGUGCUGUUGAACGUGGCGAGGACUGGAGCGUUUUGUUGACUGCACUGACCUACAGCUCCAGUUCCUCCGAGUGCGUUUGUAGUUCGCCUGCGCCAGUCACCUCAUCAACGCUGAACGUUGGGGCCGUUAAUUAACACUACAACUCCCAUAAUGCACGCCGUGUUUUUAAUCUGCCAGGUAUUUUUGUUGACUAUCCAGUCUCCAGCGUUAACCAUCUCCCGCCCCCUUGCUCUCAGAAAAAGUUUAAGCCUUCACAGUAAUUCAUGAUGCCAGCAUUUGCUUGGUUUUGUGGGUUUGAUUUUAUUUUCUACAAACUUAGACCUUUUGUUCUAAAAAGGCGAUCUCAUAAAUUAGCCAUACGUCCUCACAUUAUAUAAGCACUAUGUGUACUGAAUUAAAGACGUUUUCAGACGUAUUCUCCAUAUUUUGUUGGUAUUCUUGUAUUUUUGUGCAUAUUAAAUUGUAUAUCACCGGGUAAAACUGUUUUAGAAAGUAUUUGUUUAAAAUUUAUAACCUUAAUAAAAAAUGAAACUUACUUUGCAUUGCCUCUUUUUUGAUAAACAAAGAGCGUUCAUUACAGCUGCCUUAAAAUUUAGGCCUCCUGAUACUGAGCUUGGCUCACUUAAGCAACACGACAGAAAGGUUACAUGUAAGAUCCAACAUCCUCAGCACAUCUCAUCUGCCAUAUCCACAACGACCGAGGUCAUAUUCAUAACAUAUUUCCCAUAUAGUCCGUGCUUUGCUGUAAGUGAAGCAAUAGGGAAAGAGCGUUAGAUUUCCAAUCAAGCAUUAGUCUACAGAGCUAAACAUUUCUAGUACUCAGUGGUCCCAAUGCAUUUAGGUUUCCUUAUUAAUAUUCUCGGUGUUGUUGUGGAUCACCUGAAAUUUAACUCUAUAUAUACGCCAUUACCUGUGGGAUAUUGAACUGUCAACGCACACCAAUAAUGGACCAUCUAAUGAAAAGGUAAGUAUAUGUAUACGCACCAAAACAGAGCAUAUCAUUCAUUAAAGCCUACAUUCAAAUCUAGGGAUCUGAAGCAGGGACCAGACUCCUAAAAGCAAACUUCACAAGCGUCACGUCCUAUUGGCGGGCACCGUGUUCACUUUUUUUUAUAGCCAGGAACUCUCUCUAAACUUGCAGGCUGUGUUAUCUCUGCUGUAUGCCACAUGGUGGUGUUCUUCAAAAUCAAUGAAUGAAGGUAUUAGAGCGCCUAUGUAGCGGCACCUCGGGCUGACCUCGAAUCCGCUGCUCCCUGCAACCCCCUCCACCCUCCCCUCCCUGUCCUCUCUCUGGUCUCUCUCUCUCAUCUCCAGCCGAAACCUCUCGACUCCUCUCAAUCUGAGAUACCGCAGUACACCCGACACAUCAACGUCCAACGCGCACGGGCUGUUAUCAAGUCGUUGUCACGGCUAUUUUUCGACGAGCGGCUCCGCGCGCGUUUAACUCUCGCUUAAAAACGCAGGUAACUCGGUCGCGCGGUACAUCGCGUUUAAAGCAGUGCGGAUAUGUCGCGCGGUCGCAUCGUGCUUGGUUUGCAUUGCGACGACACGUCCGAGAAAUUACUGAAUGAUUCAACAAGGUUAAAUUAACGUCGGGUAUAAAGUGAGCGCAAAACGUAACGUUUGAGGCUUUUUGUGCUUUUUUUUUCUCCCCGAAUAGGCUGAUUUUGGGGAUUGGUGCCUAUGCUAGCGUUACCAUUUUUUUAAAAAUACAAAAAGACCUUUGUAUAUUCGUUUAAUUUUUUGACAGGGCGAUGCACUGCAUCCGUGCGACGUGUGGCGAGCUCCUCCGCGUGGCCAACGCGGGAAACGCCGCCGUGGAGAGCGAAUGCAGAUUUUCUCAUCGCACGUGAUGGAAGGAUCCGCGCGCCUUCGAUUAUACACGCGCGCGGAACGUUCAACAUAGAUAGCGCGCGUUUCAUUAGCCGGUGAACGUGAUGCAUGUACUAAAUACGCUUCUGUUUACACCUUUCAAAAUGAGCAGCCUUGUGAGACGGGCUCAGCGGUAACAUCAAAUGUUAAUGAAGACAAAAGGCAAGACUUUAAUCUUAUCUUAUCUCGAACCGCGCCUGUUGAACUCGGCAGUGGAGCCCGCGUCUGAAUGCAGCUGAAUAGAAACGGGGGAGGCGGAUGGGUGUUGGGGGUGAAUUCGACAUGCGUUCAUGUCAAUUACUCAGCAAGCUGUGCGGAGUUUCACAGUGGGGCUGCCGGGCUACAGUGACUGGGCAGAUGCUGAAUUUGGCAACCAGCGAAAAUGACUCGACUGAAACUACAGAAUGUGAAUUGGCUUGGCCUGGCUUGCAUGUACGCAGGUUUGGUUAAGACCAAACUACAGAACCGACAUUGCAUCGUUUCUUUAUGUAGCUUUUUAAGAACACGAUUUCAGGUUCAAAUGCGCACAUAUAGACAUAUUAUGACCGAAAUCAUAAAAAUAUUCCCUUUAUGAGGUAAUGAAACCUUUUAUCCGAAUUACACAGCGCACAGCUGAAAUACCUGUGAUAAAUUGACGCGAAUUGUGUGUUGUGAUGAGGAAAAGAAACCUUGUUGGCCUCUGUAUAAUUGUAAGAGUCACAGUGUUAGUGAUUAAUUAACUUGAAACUUAAUUGUGCUGGUUGGGAAGUGAACAGAAUGUCCCAUUCUUAACUCCAUUUCAUCUCAAAAAGUAUCGCUUUUAUUGAAUGCUCUCAAUGGACACUCAAAGUCAAAUGCGAAACACUAACCUUUUGAAACUGAGACUACACUUAAAAGUACGGAGCUGCUGCAACAAAUGGUUCAAGCAAAUCCUUAGCCACAACCAUGAUAUAAGAUCAUUUUAACUUACGCAUCUUUAAUUUAAAGCAUUGUUCGUAGCUGGCUGCUGACAUCCAGUUACAGGAAUGAUGGUCUUGUAACAUUUAAUCCCAAGUAGAUCAUAGAGAGAGCACUGGUGCCAAUGGUUUCAACGAUCUGCUUGGGCCUAACAAAGCUUUUAGGGAAGGUCUGUUAGUUUCAUCUAAAAGUAAAAUCAAAAAGUGUGAUUCUUGAAAACACUCUUCAUCAACCUAAUGUGCAGAUCUAUGAAAAACUUACUCU